GCAUAGGAAGGGGGAAUAAACGCAGACACAAUAGCUUAGUCCGUUAACGCUGUGUUUUAUUGAUCUGGUUAUUAGGAAAAAAUGAUCCAUCGAUAGAAGGAGAGAGGGAGAGCCGGGGACUGUUCAAACUGCUAUCUUUCCUAAGGGGGUGUUUAUUUAUCCGCCCUGCAACCUCCACAGGAAAACGCAGUCUUUGCGGAAUGGUCACAUUGAAGACGACACGUGUGGGUGGUUAACCACAUGUUUCCUGGGAGGACUGCGGUCUGAUUACUUGAUUGUGUUAUUUUUUCAGGAGUGUUUUUGAAUACCUAGUCUAGGUAGCCUACAUUGUUUCUUGUCUCCUUAACCCGGAUCCGCUGCGGUGAUGUCGGAGGUUGAUGUCCCAGCAGACUGCGUCCCCAGCCGGCCACCGGGGCGCACAGAGGACAUGUUGAAAGAGAACCAGGAGAAUGGGACUUUAUUGAUGGUGGCGAUGAUUUUAUUGGACUUGAAUAAAUGCAAUCCCAGCGCUAUCGGUGCGGGGGGCAGCAGAUGUGCAGGGGGCGGUGAGGCCGGCGCGCAGGAGAAAGUGGAGCGGGGGAGUUGCAGGUUGAAUCCCGGGGACAGCCGGGGCUCUGUGGCACCCAAACAGUCCCGGAAUCAGAAGGCGUCGGCGAGGCAGGAGUCCCCUGAAAAGAGGCACUGCUGCCCUUUCGCCGGCUGUGGAAAGAUGUACGGCAAAUCGUCCCACCUCAAAGCCCACCUGAGGGUCCAUACCGGUGAGCGCCCAUUUGAGUGUACCUGGCCAGACUGUGGCAAGAAGUUCUCCCGAUCAGACGAGUUGACACGUCACUACCGCACACAUACGGGUGAGAAGCGUUUCAACUGCCCAAUGUGUGAUAAGUGCUUCAUGAGGAGUGACCACCUGACUAAACACGCCCGCCGACACGCAGGCUUUCAUCCCAGCAUGCUCCAGGGCGCCAGUGCAGCCAAGAGACGCCGUUGCUCUGUGUCCAUGUCGUCCUCUGACUCUGGAGACCAAAGCCCUGCUGGGGUGUGAGACACACCCUCAUGCUGUACAUAUAUACAUAAAGGUACAUGCAUUACAUACAGAGGAAUACACAAACACGGACACACCCGUUCACCUUUUAUACAAAUCAGGUCAAAUCUGACAACCAGCUAUACCACUAUAAGAGAGGUUUUCUACGCAUGUAACAUUGUACAACAAGAAAACAGAAACAAUACUUGUGAACUUAGCUGUAAUCAAAUCAGAGCUUCCCUUAUUCCCUGAGGUGAUUGGUAUUUAUUAAAGAUUAUUCUGUCUGUAGGCAGGUGUAGUUGUUUUUCCGCUUGCAAUAAUUUUACUUUAUGUUGUGUGAGGUUUCAUUUUUCCUGGAUGUAUGUGUAUAGUUUUCAGAAAAACUACAUAUUUUCAUUCAUUUUUUUCAAAAAUAUGUCAUGAGGGAGAUAUUCCUAGUGGGUUAAUUAGAUUCAGUUAAUAUUAUUAUUGCACACAUAAACACACAUUUACACUUGUACAGUUACCCUCCAGUCCAGGACAAGGUGAAUGUACAGUAUAGCAGUAUUACCAUGUAAAUAGAUUAAGCGGACUACCUUUUAGGUGGAUGAUUUACUCAGUAUACUGUAGUUAAGUGUUAUUAGAGAGUAAUAAAAUAAAGCUAUUAUAUAGAGAAUUAAAGAGCUUGGGUAUUUAAUUUCGUAUAUAUUUUACUCUGGGCUUAGUAAAUCAGGUAAACUGUGAGCUUUUAGGUAUAAGCAGUGUGUUUCCUGUGUUGAUACGUACAUGUUGUCAUAUCAUGAUUAACUUGCAAAUAAUUGCACCAAAAUACAGUACUUUGACAAGACCACAACACUUAAGUAAACCGCAUGGUUAGAUGAACUUCAACAACUGUGUCGCUUUUCCAUGCUUGAAUCGUGUCAAUAGUGCAGGAAAAACAUAACAGGGUAAAGCCUUUAAAAGCUACAGUGGGCGACUUUACUUUUUCCACUUUGCAGUUGAAACACUUUUCAGAGUUUAAGACCAUGACAAUUCAUAUUUAUUAUAAAUGUGUGAACUGUAAACAAGGAGGUCUGUGCCUUUUAAGGGUUUUUGUCACAAGCAAAGAGGAGUUUCUACAUUUUCAGCUUUUGGAAUUAAACUACCUGAAUGAACAUCGUCAGACUCUUUAUGUUGAUAUUCAGCAAUCAUUUUGAAUAUCAAUGACUGUCUCUUAUGCCAACAGUGCCAGCUGCUUGAACCUAACUUCUGUUUACUCAGUAUCUGGACUGCAUUUUAUCAGGGAAUAAAGUGAUGCAUGGUCAUUUCAAUCAAUAUUACACCCCCUGGUGGUGAUGUUGAAGCACAACAUUUCUCCCAACAGAAAGUCAUAAAAUCUUUAUUUUUCUGUCUGAGCAUUUUAAGGCACACUCUCUUGUUUCAGUUUGUGAACCAUUCAAUUCCAUCAUGUAGCAUGUUUGUACGUAUUUGUUUGGUACAGUGUAUUUUUAUUUUUAUUUGUCUGGCAAUCUUUUAUAAUAUUACUAAUGGGAUGACACGUCUUAUGCAUCCACUACCAGAGCCAGAAACACUGUUGAUGUCAUUCGUUUUCUUUUUAUACUUACCAUAUAAUGCAUUCAGAUGUCCAGAUAGAGUGUAAAGUUAGGUGUAGAUUAGCUCUUAGGACACAAACCUACAUACAUUUGUAAAGUGAAAUGCUGGGUUUUUUUUGUUCUGGCAUUAUGACAACUGUGAUUGUGUGAUCACCCUUUCAGGUUGAAGCCCUUACUUCUGAUGCUACUGUACUGUAAUCAGGGACUGUCAGUCCAGACCUUAUGUUAUCGCAUUAUACAUAGCCAUGUAAUGAUUGUUGCUAAAAGUUUUAACAUUAAAAUUAUUUUUCCUUUCUAAACAUUUGCUCAUGACUUCUGUCCCACGACACACAUCCAUAUCUGACACUGUAUUUCUCAGUAUUUCAUCCUUUUAUUUAAGGACAUAACUGAUGAAACAGAGAAGAGGUGACUUACAGUAAAAAUGACACAAGGUAGAACA